UGCUUGUUAAGUAUGGGAAGGUCUCGACAGAUGCGGAUUUUGUUUAUUUUCAGAAUUCGUGACUCUAUCUUGGACUAAAUGAUGACAUCACUGUAAUUUUAACUGUCGCCUAUAACUCGAAUAGUCUUUAUUGGAAUUGUACAUAUAAGAAUAAAAUUGAAAGUGAAAAAUGAAAAAGGUCGGAGCAACUGUAUUUUUACAAUGAAGAUAUUUGAUUCAUAUAAAAUAAAUCUGAUUCGAUUGGCAAAAGUCUAAAGUUUCUCUUUUGAGCAUGACUUGUUUGUAGAAAUUAUCUAUAAAGAGCUUCUUUACUGAAAAUUUUGGAGUUACUUAAAAACACAAAUGUCUGAUUCUGUGAUCUGCAAAAAUUUAUACUCUGCUGUUAAACAAUUAGCAGACAGUGAAAUUGAAUUAAUAAAAGCUAUAGAAAAUUCAGGAAAGAUAAAUAAUAGAAAUAUUAAAAAUACUAUGUCUGUGACAGAUAAGAAAAGUGCCAAAAAGUGUGCAAAAAUAUUUAAUGUUCGUCCAUCUGCUGCUUUAAUAGCAGCUAAACAUGAAGCAACACAACGUGUAUUACAAGGAAAGAAAUCUAACAAUGUUUUUGUACAUGAUAUAUAUCAAAAAGCUAUUGAUGCAUAUAAUAUAAAAAGGAAGGAAACUGGCAUUGUAUUUGAUCGUUCUAUGGCAGAACAUAAAUGCCUUUGGGAUCCAAGUUAUCCGGAAUGUCCUGCUAGAUUGACAAGAGUUGUGCAGAGAUGCGAGGAGUUAGGUUUAAUAAAUAGAUGUAAAUUGGUUACACCAAGACAAGCCUCAGAGGAUGAAAUACUAAUGAAGCACAGUCAAGAACAGAUAGAUAUUUUGAAGGCUACUAAUGAAUGUACAGAUGUAGAUAGUUUAGAAUUAUUAUCAUCAAAAUAUGAUGCCAUUUAUAUACAUCCUUCUACCUAUCAAUUGUCUUUGUUAGCUGUGGGUUCAACAAUAAAUUUAGUGGAAAGCAUUUGCAAAGAAGAAAUUCAGAAUGGUAUGGCCAUUAUAAGGCCACCAGGACAUCAUGCAAUGAAAUCAGAAUAUUGUGGAUAUUGUUUCUUUAAUAAUGUUGCAAUUGCUGCUGAAAAAGUUUUAAGUAGCAAUUUAGCUAGUAAAAUUUUGAUUGUUGAUUGGGAUAUACACCAUGGACAAGCUACUCAGCAAAUGUUUUAUAAUGAUCCACGAGUAAUUUAUUUUUCAAUUCACCGUUAUGAAAAUGGUGAAUUUUGGCCAAAUCUUAGAGAAUCCAAUUUCCAUUUUGUUGGAGAUGGUUUAGGAGAAGGAUAUAAUUUUAAUGUGCCACUUAAUAAAACUGGCAUGACCAAUGCUGAUUAUUUAGCCAUAUUUCAACAAGUUUUAUUGCCAAUGGCUUAUGAGUUUCAACCUGAUCUUAUAAUAGUAUCAGCUGGAUAUGAUGCAGCCUUGGGCUGUCCAGAGGGUGAAAUGUUGCUAACACCUGCAUGUUAUGCUCAUUUACUAUCAUCAUUAUUGAGUUUAGCUUCUGGAAAAGUUGCUGUUAUAUUGGAGGGUGGUUAUUGUUUAAAAUCAUUAGCAGAAAGUGCAGCAUUAACACUACGUACUUUGUUAGGCGAUCCAUGCCCUAUGUUAGAAACUCUCACAUUACCUUCAGUAAGUGUACGUGAUACCAUUUUAAAUACAAUUUAUGCACAUAAACCAUAUUGGAAAUGCUAUCAAUACCAAGAUACAUACAGUAUUAAUAGUACAACAAAUAAUAAAGAAGGAAGUAGUAAUCAAUAUUUACCUGCAGUUACAUUCAAAGGAACUGAUAUUAAGCCUGAAGUGUAUGAGACUCGAAAUUGUUACCCAACUCAAAAUAAAGAAGUUAUCGAAAUGAUAGAAAAGCAGUUAAAUACAUUAAUACAGUUUACUAACUUAUCUAAAGCACCUAACAAAGUAUGCAUUGUUUAUGAUGAUAGAAUGUUAAAACAUUGUGAUAUGUCUAAUGAUAAUCAUCCAGAAAAACCACAUCGUAUUAAUAUUAUUUAUAAAAAAUAUCAAGAGUACAAUUUACUUGAUCGAUGUUAUGUGCAACAGGGACGAAGUGCAACAAGAGAAGAAUUAAUAUUAGUUCAUUCAAAAGAAUAUAUAGAUACAAUAAAAGAUACAGAAAACUUAAAACCAAAAGAGCUAAAAAAGCAGGCAGAAACUUAUAAUUCGGUUUAUUUGCAUCCUGAAACCUGGUCAAGUGCCUGUAUAUCAACUGGAUCAUUAUUACAAGUAGUUGAUAGCGUAUUAAAUGGAGAAAGUCAAUCCGGUAUUGCUAUUGUUAGGCCUCCAGGGCAUCAUGCUGGAGAGAAUACAGCAUGUGGUUUUUGUAUCUUUAACAAUAUUGCUAUAGCAGCUAGAUAUGCGGUAGAAUUUCAUCAUGUAAAAAGAGUAUUGAUAGUAGAUUGGGAUGUACAUCAUGGUAAUGGAACUCAAUCCAUCUUUGAGGAAGAUCCUAAAGUUUUGUAUAUGUCUGUCCAUCGUUAUGAUAAUGGCAAUUUUUUUCCAAAUUCUAAACGAGCAAAUUACUCUUAUGUCGGUUCUCUAUCAGGAGAAGGUUUCACUGUUAACAUUCCAUGGAAUAAGAAAGGAAUGGGUGAUGCAGAAUAUAUAGCAGCAUUUCAACAGAUAAUAAUGCCAAUUGCUUAUCAGUUUAAUCCAGAAUUAGUCUUAGUUUCUGCGGGUUUCGAUGCAUGUAUUGGGGAUCCUCUAGGAGGUUGUUUCGUAACACCAGAAAUGUAUGGACACUUAACACACUGGCUAUCUUCUUUAGCUAAUGGUCGUAUUAUUCUUAGCCUUGAAGGAGGUUACAAUAUUAAUUCAAUCGCGCAUGCAAUGGCUAUUUGUACAAAAUCUUUGCUUGGUGAUCCUUUACCGAUAUUAGAGAAUGGCCAAACUCCAUGUGCGAGCGCUAUUCACACUAUAAAUAAUGUUAUAAAAACACAAAAACAAUAUUGGAUGAAUUUAGUAUUUAAUUUAUCUUUACCGAAAGAGAGAGUACUUCCUAAACCCAAAGUUCCACAUAUAAAGACAAAUGAACAUGUUAUAAACAGUGAAGAAAUAUUAAAGCAUUCAGAAUCUAAGAUAGCAUUGGAAGAAAUAGAAACAGAAAAAAUGCAAACUAGUCAGAAAAACCUUACAACUUGGAAGCUGAUAAAUAAAAUGGCCUCACAAGAAGAUUGUGAGAAGUUACAAGAGUUUCUUAAAUCUGUACAUGAGCGACGUACACAUACAACAAUUAAUGCUUCUUAUAAUGAUAAAGGUUCCAAGUAUACAAAGAAAUGCAUGAAUCAGGACGAAGAAGAAGGACAUUCUGAUGAAAAUGUUACCAAUUUUGCUGCUGGUAGUAGUGGUGAACAAGGCGAAAGAGCAAGUGUGCAAAUGACUGGAAGUAAAAGUUUACAUGAUUAUUUGUUGGAAAAUUCGCAAGCAUUAGUGGAUGGAGACAUGUUUGCAGUGAUACCUUUACGAGAAUGUCCACAUUUGGAUAGUGUCAAGGAUGUACCAGUUUCUGGAAUUGAUAUAUAUUCACCAUGUAUAGAAUGUGAAAGCAAUGUUGAAAACUGGAUCUGUUUACAGUGUUAUACGGUUCACUGUGCUCGUAAUAUUAAUCAACAUGGUUUAAUACACGCUGAAGAAAUGGAACAUCCAUUGGCCCUAAGUUUCAGUGAUUUAUCAGUUUGGUGUUACAAAUGUGAGGCAUACAUAGAUAAUCCGCGAUUAUUUGCCGCGCGCAAUGCUGCACAUCAAAGUAAAUUUAAUGAGGAAUUACCAUGGACAUAUGAAAUAUAAAUGAUAAUUGAAAUAAAUAUGUAUUUAUGAAAAAUUUAUAAUUAACAUUGUGUAUUUUAUAAUACUUGUAAAUCUAUAAAAUACACAUUUUAAUUUCCGUAUCAUGUUUAAAUAAAUUGUUAAUAUAACUUGAAAA